AUGACGCCCUCAACCUCGGCCGUAAUUGAAGACUUUGUCGCUUCCUACGAGAAGCACCGCGACUUCUACUGUCACACAGCAAUUGCUGUUAGAAGGAUCUGCGAGGCCGCCCUCGAAAAACAUCACAUACCAUGUCUGGUCAGCCAUCGAGCAAAAGAAGCGGCAAGUCUACGCAAAAAGCUGUAUGCACGACAACUUCUCCGAGGCCAUGCCUACUCAAGCAGAGAAGAGAUCAAAAACGACAUAUCCGACCUCGCUGGCGUACGCAUUGCUCUCUACUAUCCUCGGCACGGAGAGGAGGUCAAGCGCAUUCUCGAUGACGAAUUUACGGUCGUGGAAGAAAAGACCAUCAACCGUAUGGGCAUCGACGAGGCAAUCCGCGGCGGCUACGAUCGGUGGUUCCCGGGCUACUGCGCAAAGCACUAUCGAGUGCACCUCAAGAAUGGAACGGUCAAUCAGGAAGGCGUCCCCACCCACAACACAAAGGUCGAGAUCCAGGUCGUCUCUGUGCUGCGGCAUGUCUGGGCCGAAGUCGAACACGACGUGGUCUACAAGGGGAAGCUCAGGGCGAGCAGAGACGACCACCGCAUCCUGGACGGGUUAAGCGGGGCCGUCUUUCUGGGCGAAUGCUUCCUCGACCAACUGUAUCAAACCCAGGUGGCCAGGGCUACCACCGACGACAGAGGUUUUGAGAACGUCUAUGCGCUCGGCUCGUUUCUGUGGAAUUGGACCGCCUCCCUCGGCCAUUGCCAGGUGGAAUACCCUGUAGAGGUCGAGUUUCUGAAAGAUCUGCUCGGUAUUCUGGGACUCAACAACCCAAGGACGCUGCGCGAUAUUCUCAGCCAGAUCGACCUGUCCACUCGAGAAGGGAGCGAGUGGCAUUCGUUCCGGGCGGCGUUUCACCCCGCUCGGUCCAGUCUUACGAUGUUCAUAAUGGACCGGAUCCUUACAAUGCCGGUCGGAGUCAGCAGGCUUGAGAAUACGCCGGUGGACGAUCCUGGGAUCGAUCAUGUGAAACGCGAGCUGGGCCUUAUUUCCAGUUCCCUGAUCUGGCUCGAUCGGGUGUAUCCGCUCUCGUCUCAAUUAUUUGGAGCCCUCUUCGCAAGUGACUCAUGGGACUGUUAUCUGCCUGGAAUCCGGUGGCUUGAUUCGCGCAAAGCCCAGGAUUAUUGGAGGGGUAAUGCGGUGCUCACCAACGAGGAAAGGCAGAGGAUCAACGCAGUUUUCCAGUGCUUUUCGCGGAACCGGGAAAAGCCUAUUCAGCUUGCGUUUGCGCUUGCCAGGUUGGGUGUUCUGAAGAGAUACGCUGCUGACUGGUUGGCGUUGCAUCGCGUCAUCUCGCCGUUGCUGAUUGUAAUAAAGGCUCGAUAUUAG